CCGAGAUGCUCGACUCUGCCAGCGAAAUGGAAGUGCCGAGUUACAGAAUCAAACUAGAAUAAGAUGACACAUGACUUGGUCAAGGCCAGCAAGUGGUAGCCUGGGAUACCAACCAUAUCUCCUGCCUGCUAUUAUUGGGUACGCGGGCAGGCUAUUGAGCCAGGCCAAGUCAAGAAAGAGAUGUAGUUGUGUAGCUGAAUUUAUUCUCGGAUCCCCACGCACACAGGCGAUAUCUAUUUUGUCGUCUCCACAAAGUAGAUCGGAGUCCUGGGGUGCCUACUUAUAAGUAAGACACUUAGCCCACAAGUCUACAGCCGUUUCUUCUCAAUACAAGAAAGCCGUUUUCCUUCCGUACACCAAGCUACUCACUUCUCUCACCACGUACACCCCAAAGCCGUUCCCUUUUUUAAUCUACAUCCUACCAAGUCAUGGCUUCAGUCACACAAGCAGCGUUCCAGGCUGAAAAGGUAGUAGGUCAUGAUGGCACCACCAUCACACAACAAGAUGUCACCAACUAUUCAGAAAGCGGCAGGAGCGAGACCAUGAAGGCACUCGUUUGGCAAGCCAAAAAUAAGGUUGAGAUUAUUGAUACUCCGCGGCCCAAGAUUCUCGAGCCAAGGGAUGUUAUUCUGAAGGUCACCGGAAGCACACUCUGUGGAAGUGAUCUUCAUUUGCUUCACGGCAGCGUUAUUCAAAUGAAACAAGGAGACAUCCUGGGACACGAGUUCUGCGGUGUCGUCGACGAAGUUGGGUCUGAAGUCACAGGAAUCAAGAAGGGCGGCCGCUACGUCGCAUCCUUCCAGAUCGCCUGCGGCGACUGCUUCUUCUGCAAGCAAAAGCUUUCAUCUCAGUGCGAGCGCACAAACUCCAACACCACCGAGCACGCGAUGUACGGCGGCCAGACGGCAGGCAUGUUCGGCUACUCGCACUUCACGGGUGGUUUCGCAGGCGGGCAGGCCGAGUACGUGCGCGUGCCCCUGGGCGACGUGAACCUGCUGCCCAUCCCUGACGACGUUCCCGACGAGAAGGCGCUGUACCUGUCCGACGUGCUUGCCACGUCGUACAACUGCGUCAAGGACACGGCCGUGUACAAGGGCGAUGAGGUCGCCAUCUGGGGCGCUGGUCCCAUCGGCCAGAUGUGCGGCAUCUUCGCCAUCAACGAGGGCGCCUCCAAGAUCAUCUUUAUCGACGAGCAGGUCCGGCUCGACCUCGUCAAGAAGCUGUGGCCCGCCGAGCACCAGGACAAGCUGCACCUCAUCGACUACAAGAAGCUGAGCUUCGGCGUCACCAACAAGCCCACCGUCGUCAGCGAGCUCAAGAAGCUGUGCGGUGGUCGCGGCCCCGAUGUCGCCCUCGAGUGUGCGGCUGGCGAGUACCCCAAGGGGUGGAUGCACACUGUUGAGCUGGCGGUUGGUGCCGAGACGGACACCAGCGAGCUCGUCAACGAAAUGAUUGAGGGUGUGAGGAGCUUUGGACGUUGCGGCAUCACUGGUGUCUAUGUUGGAUACACAAACCACUUCAACAUCGGGUCCCUGAUGGAGCGCGGGAUCCGGCUGAUCGGCAACGGGCAAGCGCCAGUUCACCUGUACUGGGAGAAGUUGAUGGAGGACAUCAAGUCUGGGAAGCUGGAUCCCCUUCAGAUGGUUUCCCACCGCAUCGCCCUGGAAGAUCUCGACAAGGUCUACUACAAGUUCAAAAACCAUGAGGAUGGUAUCCAGAAGAUUUUUGUGGAGACUAAGCACUCGUUCCCAAAGGCUGCCGGAUCACCUGAGCUGAAACGCUACUGAAUGUUUAGUCAAUGGAUUGAAAUGCAUUAGAGACUCCAAGUUUGUCUGUACCUUAGUCUACCAUGAUUUCUUAAUUAUUUGAUUCAGUCGAAA